UUACAGAUUUCGCUGACAGACGGACACAGAUUUGAUAAGGAUGUGGAGCUGCUGAUUUUUUAUAAAGAUGUUCACACACCAAGUGCCCUUGUUGAGGCUGGGGUGGAGUCUACAGGACAAGGGACCCUGAUGGGAGACCCCGCAAUCAUGGUGAACAUCUAUCCCAGCUUUCCUGAGAAACCUUCCCAGUUUUCUGCCGCCGAGUUCAUCUUCCUCAUGGAUCGUUCUGGAAGCAUGGGCUGCAAAAUGUCUGAGAAUUAUUCCCACGUUGGGCCUACCCGUAUCCAAAGUGCCAAGGAGACCUUGCUGCUCCUCCUGAAGAGCCUGCCCCUGGGAUGUUACUUCAACAUUUACGGAUUCGGGAGCACUUUCAACUCCUUCUUCCCCGAGAGCAUCGAGUACAAUCAGGAGUCGAUGAAGACCGCACUGAAGAAGUUGGAAGGUAUAGGUGCGGACAUGGGCGGCACAGAGAUCCUCCAACCCCUCAGUGCCAUUUACAGCAAGCCCUGUAAGGCAGGGCACCCACGGCAGCUGUUUGUUUUCACCGAUGGCAAGGUGUCGAACACAAAGAUGGUGAUUGACGAGGUUCGGAAGAAUGCCCACAGUCACAGGUGCUUCUCCUUUGGGAUCGGUCAGGGGGCCUCGACACAGCUCAUCAAAGGCAUCGCCAAGGCUGCCUCCGGGAACGCUGAGUUCAUCACCGGCAAGGAGAGGAUGCAGCCCAAGGUGCUUCAGAGUUUGAAGUUUGCUCUGCAGUCUGCUGCUUCAGGCCUGAGCAUUGACUGGGAGCUGCCGGCUGGAUUGGAGGCUGUCCUGUUAUCCCAGCCGCCCACUGUCAUCUUCAACUGUCAGCGAUCNNUCGUCUACGCACAGCUGAAGGGGAAGGUUGACCCCAGUCUGGAAGGUGUGAUGUCCCUGAAAUAUUCCCUGGGAGAAGAGCAUGUCCAAAACAGCAUCCGGUUCAAACUACAGCCCCAGAAAUCUGUGAGGUUCACCAUCCACCACCUUGCCGCCAAGAGGAUGAUCGAGGCAUUGGAUUCUGGAUCCAAGCGAGACACGAAGGGCGUGAAGGAACGUAUUGUUCAGAUCAGCACGCAGGCAAACGUCAUCUCCUCCCAAACAGCCUUCAUCGCCAUCAACAGAGACCUGAACCAGCCGCUGCAGGGGCCUCUGGUCAGGCGUAAUGUCCCCCUGCAGAUGUGGUGGGUUAGCCAUGGAGAAUGCAGGGGUACAGGGAUUGGUGGGUGUGGGCGGGAUGCUGUUCAGAGGGUCGGAGAGUCCCCAGCGCUGAAGCUGAUCGCAUUGCAGAACGCAGAUGGGUCGUGGAGCCCAGACAGCAGCUUAGAGGCACUGCUGGGUCUGAAACCUCAACAGAGCAGCCAGAGUCUCCCUCGCCAGGAUAUUGACCUGACCCUGUGGACCACAAUCCUGGCAGUGAUUUGGCUGCAUGCAUUCAGUGCAGACACAAAAGAUGAGUGGGAGCUUCUGGUGGACAAGUCCCUGUCAUGGAUCAAGGCUAAAGCAGGUAAGAUAAAGGUCACAGUGUUUCAGAGGCUGAGGGAAACACGAGGACGCCAUGAUAUAUAUCUGUCUAAACACUGGCUGAAUGAGGAUCGCCAGGUCGUUCUCCUUGGGUACAUCUCUGUACACUGA